AUGCAAAUCGAACUCGAACUCGGACCAGGGUCAGUAAUCCGUGCUCGUCUCGAUUUCAGACGUGAAAAGCAAGAUCUUUAUGUUGUAUGCGUUUCAGCUGAUUCUGGCGAAGAAAUUACUUCGGAUCUCUUUUCUCAGUUUACUACUGUGGAAGUUGAUACUAAUAAUCCAUUAAGAGUUCUUAUUAAAGGACAUGCUGCAAGCAGAUCCUUUUUAUUCCAAGAUGCUUCUGAAGUUUCUGAAUUUUUCGAAAUUUUACAACAAAACGCGAAUUUAGAAUUUCUCCCUGGCCAAGGAAAGGUCUUUGCUUUAUCAAAGAAAACAAAUCAGCAAAAUACAGUCAGAGAUUUCAUUGGAGCCGGAAUUUCUGGGGGAUAUAAAUAUGUGAAGAGUUUUGUUACAAAUCAGCAGCAAGUAAAAGAAAUAAAUGCAGAUGCAGAAACAGAUGGUAUCAAAAACAGUAUCGUUAUUGCAGAAUUUCCAGAUGAUUUUCAACCAACACCUUAUAAUAACGAAUCUCAGCUUAAAACGUCAAGCCACAUAUUAUUCAAGCGAAGUGAUAUCAUGAACGUAUGGAAAUCUAAGUUUUCUUCGAGCGGAACCUUUGAAGAUUAUCAAAAACUCGUUUCUCAAUGGAAAAACAUUACGAAAGGACAAUGGGACCACUCCUAUUGUAUCAGAAAAUACGUUGUCGAUGCUGAAAGCUUCGUAAAGAACUCACAAUGCGGAGUUCCGCCAUUUGAUGACUUAAUGUUCUCAGUUUUGAUGUCACUUUUCGCAUUUAACUUCAUAAAGGGCGAAUUUGAACCUUCCUCGGUUCAUUUCCUUGAACUUUUCAUCAAAGUUUUCUUUUCAGAUCAAAAUUUUUCAGCCGACAACAAGUCAGUGAUUGAAAAGGCUGCAUCUGAUGUAUUCUGGCCAUUCAAGGUAUUUCACGAGCGAUUUGUUAAUGAAAAAUCGGAAGAUUGCCUUAUUAAGAAAUUUUCCGCGUUUUCCAUCAAGAAAGUCCUUGAAAAAGUCUCUCCAUCGACAGCAAAGAUGAUGGAGUUCUUCGGAGUGAAGAAUCUCAUGUUUGUUAAAAAUCAUCCGAAGUCAUUGUUCACAAGGGAUCGUUCUCUCGACGAUUCCAUACUGAUUAUCACUGCUAUUGCCACUUCUGAUGAUCCUCUCGCGUUUCUUGAGGCGAUUUCCGCUGGAAUUUUGGUGAUUCUCCAAUGUCGCCUCCAAAAAUGCGAAAAUCUUGAGAGAUUUGCUUCUCUUUUCGAUGAAUUAGUACCAAGUAUUGAUGCUAGAUUGAUGUUGCACAACGCUGAGGUAAUUUACGCAUAUAUUAAGAUGUAA